CACUUGGAAUCGUUGAUUUGGGUAAACCGAGUGGAACUGGUCGCGUUUUAAUCGUGAGAUUCCCACGGGACGUUUUGCAGAAUGUGAGUGGGCUGGUGGGGUAGAAACUCACCCCGGAGCUGGAGGAGUAAAACAGAACAGAGUUCUGGAUGAGCUAGAAAUGAAGAAUAAAUAGAGGAGGAUUUGGGGAUGGAGACCCAGGAGCUGGGGGAGAUCUCGGUAUGGGUGUGCCGGGAGGAGAAGCGCGUGUCUGGACUGACACGACGCACGAGCUGCGGAGACGUGGUGCGCGCGCUGCUGCAGGAUACGGGCUCUCCUGCGCUGGCCGGGUCCGCGCGCUCGUACUGCCUGGUGGAGAAGUGGCGCGGGCUCGAGCGCGCGCUGCCCAACAGGACCAGAAUCCUGCGGCUGUGGAGCGCGUGGGGUCGCGAGCAGCAGAACGUGCGCUUCGUGCUGGUGAGGAGCGAGGCGGCUUUACCGAGCAGCGGGCCGCGCAGUGCUGAAGCCCGGGUAGUGCAGAGCAAAGAGAGCCGCUGUGCUGACAAGGACCAGAGUGACCCUGUGACAGAAAUCUCUCAGGAGAAACGGAGGCGUGUGGUGAGGAAGGCUUUCCGUAAACUUGAGAAGAUCACCCAGAAAAAAGAGGAGAGCUAUGCGGAGCAGAUGGAGACACUGGUGCACUUGGUCCUUUCUCAGGAUCACACCAUCCGGCAGCAGACACAGCGCAUCCACGAGCUGGAUGGGGAGAUCGAGAGGCACGAGGCCAGGGUUCAUACGGACCGCAUUAGACAACAUGGGAUUAAUUACGUGCAGGAAACAUAUCUGGCAGACGCGGAUGCGGACUCUGAAGGGAGCUCGAGCGCUGGAGCAGAGCUACCUGUGGAGGUCUUGGCCCGGUUUGAGGAGUAUGAGGAGCAGCUUGCCGAGCAGCAUGGACUUCUGGAGAGACUUACAGCUGAGAUCCAAGAGGAGCUCGACCAGAGGUGGAUGAUACGAAGGCAGGAGGGAGGAUCUACUGAAAGUUCUGUCGUGGAAAUUGAGCUCACUGAGACAGACAAGGAGCUCACAGACCCCGUGUCUGAAAGUGAGCUCCAGUUAGAGGAGGAGCGGAUCAAAACACAGCUGGACACUUGCUCGUACAUUGGGCUGCGGUUAAACACGGACCUAGAGGCCAUACAGACCGAACUGGACGCAAGCCUCGAUAUAUGGGAGGCCAAAGAGCAAGAACUGAAAAAUGUACUAGAGAAAUUAGACUCUUUACGUACAAACCAAGGAGAAACUGGGUUUACAGAUGACAUCCAGCCACAAUCAUGUGUAGAACAGAACGAUGGCUGGGUCGAACAAGCCCGAGGACUUUCAAAAACUAGCACGGGUGGGAAUGAUGAUGAUUCGGAUACAGGACUGAGCUCAAUGCACAGCCAGGACUCAGAUAACCCAGUAGUGUGUGAGUCAUUGGUUUGA